GUUGCUAGGUACAUCUCUAUAGUAACAACGGUCUACCGUAAACCGCUCUACUGUUUAACGACAAUAUAUCAUUGGGAUCAAAUCUAAAGUGUACAACACAGAGAACAAUGAGCCGAUUAAGUAACUACUACGAUCAUGGCGCUAUUACGCGCACGCGCAGUGUCACGCCGGGAGCAGAAAUGACAAAACUUUUGCCAUAUGUCACUGACAAGACAGUCUCCCGUCACCUUGGAUACGCCGGUAAAUCUUUGGACCUCGGACAUGCUGCCACUUACUACAACCCAGCCAGGAAUGCCCUUUACUCUCGCUACACCACCAACGACUGGGGGUUGUCAAACAGUAAGAACUUUUCCAUGUCCGACAAGGAACGUUCCUUCGCCGAGCGUCUUAGAGCUGACGCCUGGAGGGCCGUCAAAGAGACGGACGCCCGCACUCGGAACAGGCAGAACGAUAUCACAAAGAAGUUAGGUGAAAGAGUCUAUGACAUUGCUUUCUGGAAAAGCGAACUUAACAAUGAGAUAAACGCCAUGGCAAACGAGACCAGCAAUCUCAAGGAGUAUCGCCGUACCCUGGAGAAGGCUCUCGCAGACACUGCCAAUCCACUUCACAUCUCAGAGGAGUGUCUCAUGCACAGAGAGAAAAGACAGGGAAUCGACCUCGUCCACGAUGACGUCGAGAAGCAGCUGAUCAGGGAAGUUGACGUCAUCAAGAAAUGUCAGGCUAAGAUGAAGAAGGUUUUGGACAAGGCUUACGUCCAGCUAAAGAUGAACCGUGCUGCUCAGCACACUCUGGAGAUUGACGCUAAGGACAAGCACCAUGCUCAAGGUCUUGAUGACCGUAUGCAGCAGCUGAGAAAUGCCUCCGCUGGUAUCGGAUACCACCCAGGCAUUGAGUCCAUCGAUAACACCAUCACCAUCCCCGACUCCUGGGUGAGGUACACACAAGAGAAUAUUGCACGUUCCCAGAAAGAGAGAGCUGCCUCAGAGCGUCUACGUGGAGAAAUUGACAGCACCCUCCGUGCAUGCGCCAAUGACAUGUGGAACCAGUUCAACUGUGUCAACAACUCCUUCAACGGGAGAACUAGGCAGACCACUGAUGCCAGGAACAAGCUCCAGGCUCACUUACAGAGGACUCUACAAGAGAUCUUCGACAUGGAGAGGAAUAUUGAGCUGUUGAGAAAGGCUAUCCAGGACAAGGAGAUGCCAAUGAAGGUAGCCCAGACCAGGCUGGAGGAGAGAACUCGCCGCAUCAAUGUUGAGCUCUGUAACGAUCCCGUCAUGAAAUCACUACAGAGGGAGAUUGCCGAGAUCAGAGAGUCUGUCAGGAUCCUGAAGGAGAGACUGAAGGCCUCCGAACUCAGCUUGUGCCGUCUUAUGAAAACAAAAGCCACCUUGGAACAUGACAUAUCUGUAAAGGAAAAUACACUCAAGAUAGACACCGCUUACUGCAUGGGCAUGCGCAAAGGCUUCCCAAUGGAUCCUAAAGUCGGACCGGUGUUUCAAAUGCCAACAUGUUAAUAAUUAGAAACUUUUAUCAAUUUUUAUGUACGAAGUAAAGAAAAAUGGUCAUCUGGAAGUGUUGGCAUUAUAAUGCAUUAACAAAUGGAGAAACGUCAUACAGAUUCCAUUAAAACACGUUUAAAGAAAUAUUUUUAAAUAAACUUUUCCAUACGGGAUAUCGUGAUUAUUUAAUGAGUGUACGUUCAACGAAUAAACAGAUUUAUUGGAUGACAGUGUCUAUGUAUAUCUUACAAAAAGACGUUUGUUUCGCAAAUUUGCGAAAGUUUGAAAGUUUUUAUAUAGCAACCCCGCAAACUUUAAGAGUCUUAUGGACCUGUUUGUCAUACACGGUAUACGUUGUGAAAGUCGUUGAUAUAUCUUAUUGUUCACUUGUUUCAUAACAGAUCUUUUG